AUGAUGGAUCUCGUAUUGCGGGCCAGUGAAUAUGGUUUUCCUUCAUAUUUACGUCGUAAAAAGACUCUUUUCGAUAAGAUCACUUUUGAUAUACCAAAAGAAAAAAAAGUCGAAGGACUUGAAAAAGUUGAAUUCCACGUCCACGAAUUUGUCAAACAAUUUAUUGUCUUGGCCAAAAAUAUAACUGGACGAGAAAUCAGUCUGAAAAACGUCGCACAAUCGACUAAAGAUAUAUGGCUAAAUUCAUUUCAUCCUAAAGAUUUUCGGCAACACAUUGAGUCAAAUGCUUUACGCGUGAUUGAAUAUGAUGACCAUCCAAUUUCAAAAGACAAAAACCAAGCUAGAGCAGAGAUGUUUACACCUAUUUUAAACGGCAAACACUCACCUUUUCUAUCAUCGAAAAAUCUUCCUGUAUUUAUUCUUGUAAUGCACGCUUGGAGACUCUUAUUUUGGACGGCCAUCUCCGAAAGUAAUAACUUCUUUAGAACAUUGCAGGAAAGCCAAUAUGAGGAUCAUAAAACCGUAGCUUCCAUUCCGCAAAAGACGGAUGAACUCACUAGCACAUUCAUUUUUCAUGUUUGCUCUGAGUUACGGGGUGAUGAUUCCCUUCUCCCUACCGAUUUACCAAUGGGAUUCUGCCCUAACCCAUGUGCCACAGCCCCCUGUUUGACUAUUUCUCAUUCGACAGGACAUGGGUGCCACCUAAUUGGUCGCGGGUUAUUCAUGAACGAUUUUAGAUGUGAGUGUCUACCUGGAUUUAAAUGGGUGUCCAGUGCGGACAUUGGAGGCUUUGAAAAUGAUACCUGGGAAAGAAUUCCUUCUUCAGAUGAAAUUGGAGCCUGCGUGAAUAUAGACAUAUGUGAAACUUAUUGUGACCCAUUUGGAACACGAAGGUGUGAUAUAAUUCUAGGCACUGCUAUUGCUGUCUGUGCAUGUAAGUUGACACAUAUGGGCCCAACAUGCAGUCUACUUCGCGAUCCCUGCAUUGAACUGUCGGAAAAGGAGAAAAUGCCUGGAAAUAUGGCUUGUAAUAUUGGCCAAGGAGGACGCUGUAUCCCUACAUAUGGAAGUGAUUUCUAUGAAUGCAGGUGUCCAUCUACGUGGACGAAAGAUUACAGUCUUGACUAUGAAAAUUGCUUGGCCCUUAAAGACCGAUGUAUGUCAGAAGUUUGCGUUCGUGGCGAUUGUAUUUCUUCUGCUGAUGGCUCUAAAACUCUUUGCAUAUGCCCUGAAGAAGCCUAUGGAGAGCGUUGUGAAAACUUGCGUGGUAAUUGGGGGCAUUGGAGUCCGUGGUCAUCGUGUUCACCGGCCUGUGGCAACGGGAAGAUUCGACAUAGGGAACGAAUUAGAGGAUGUCUCUAUGGCGAUUCUUGCAGCGGUGAUAAGCGGAGACAAGUUGAGGUUUGUCCGGAGAAUAUACCCUGUCCAGACGAAUUAGUUACACUUGGACUAGGUCCUGAAGCUUUAGCUCCUCAUGACGUUCUGCAGGGAGGAGAAGCACAACCAAACUUCGAUCUUCAGAUGGCCUAUGCCAAGAAAUAUCGCAGACACAGUCUGCUAACACAGGUUUUAAAAUUCGUUUUUCUUCUGUUAUGUGCUUUCGCCGUUGUUUCUACCACAAUUAUGUUCUUGUAUGCCGUUAUGAAAUAA